GUGUGUGUGGUGAGGAUCCUCUAUAGACGGCCCUAAUGGGUGGAGGCCAACAGCAGAAAACAGGAAGGUGCUGAUAGGAUGCUCCAAAGUUCACCGGCACACCUGAGGAGCGCUAGAUCUUCCUCCAGAUCAACUGCAGGUGGACAGCCGGGGAAGGACUCUGUCAUUGCACAAAUGAAAGCGAUCGAAGAAUGUCCCAGCGUACAACUUAAUGUGAUUUUUCUCAUUUGUGGAUAUGAGGUUUCUAGGAAGUGUCUUGUGGAAAUAAUGAGAGGACUGUGUCUCUGACCGCUGGAUCAUUAUUUGAAGCUUCUCAGUUGGAGAUAUUGUUACUCGUCUGGAUAUGUGGCCUCUGAGUGUUGCUAUUUUUUUGCUCUACUUUGCAGGUUGCUGGGCUCAGAGCUGUAAUCGGACGAAGGCUUAUUUUGAGUCCUGGAAUUUCUUCAGCAUUCUCCAUUGGGACCCUGUUGAUGUUCCUGGUCAAACGCUUCUCUACAGCGUCCAGUUCAACCUUUAUGGGAAACCGUAUGAACCGGUGACGUGGUGUCAGAACAUCUCCACUCCUGUUUGUGACAUGACGGAUGUGAUGACCCAUGUGAUGAGCGAUGUGACCUCUAAAUAUCAUGCCAAGGUCAGCGCCAGUGGACAGUGCCUGGCUGAGGUGAUGUUCAAGCCGUUUUGGCAAACCACUUUUGCAGCACCGCAGCUGUCAGUCACGUCAAACCAAACCCAUCUGAAUGUGACGGUUUUGCCGCAGAUGACCGCUUGGAGCUGCUCUAUUGAGAAUAUCAGCUUUUGGGGAAAAGGUCUCCAGAGGCCCUCCAUUAAGUACACAGUUCGCCUGACACAUCCCGAAUCAUUGGCGGGAAAGGUAUUUGAGGACACGUCUCGCUCAGUGUUUAUUUGGCUUGUGGAAACAGACGAGCAGUACUGUGGUGAUGUGUUAUAUACGCUCACACAUCCCGGUCGGUCCAGUCCCAGUGAAAACGCCUCCUUUUGUGUGACUGUCUCAGCACCUAAUUCCUGGCUCCAUAUAUUAAUAUGGCCUGGUCUGCUGGCUCUGCUGCUGCUGAUCAUCCUAACCAUCAUGCUUUGCCAGCUGUCUGUGAAGAUAAAGCACUCCUUACCGGAAGCGCUGAUCCUGCAAAAGAUCAGCAGACUUGCGUUUUAUUCAGAUUUCCGGGAUGACACAUCUAAAGUGGAAGUGUGGUCCGGAUUUGAUGAGAAGCUCGAACUGCAGGCUGUUUUUGCACCACGGAACUCAGAGAUCAUGGGUAAUGAGGCUUCUUAUGUAUCCCAGGACCACUGUGACCAUGAGUGGACACGCAAUCAACCGGACGUCCCGGUCCAGAACAGCCCAGAGUCUUCUGUGCACUACAGCAUGUGUUCGCCCGGCCAGAUCUCCAUCGAACCAUCAUCCGAUGACACGACAGAUGAAACCAGCUCGGAUUCAUUCGGUCCAGAGUCAGAGUCAGUUUUAAUAGGCCACACUGAAAACAGCAGCGGGCCACUGGUGGUAUCGGUUAGACCGGCUAAAAAUGGUGAGCUGCAGUUUCAUGACCUUUUGUUCCAGCGUGACACUGGUCAAAGUUCUCCAGUCCCUUCCCAGGAUUCAGAAGUUUUAACUGGAGAACGAACUCCUUUACUAUCUGACCUCGUUCAGAACAACUCAUCCGACCUGCCUGUACACGUUUCUGAUGUCGUGACGUCAAACUACAGGCAGAACUGGCUGCCGGGGAUCCCUCUGGAGGGACAGCGAGACCAGAGGACUUAUGUUAUGAGGACAGACCACCUGCAGGACACAACUGACCUGAUGAGGACCUCAUCGAUGAAGAGUAACCUAGACUUGGUGUGA